AGUCGGGCACUAGAUAAUGUUCUAGUGUUAUUUAGUUAAGGUAGCUAUAUAUUUAUCAUGUGUACUGAUGAACGACACUGCUUGUUGGUCCUAGCUUUUUAAUUGGCUAGCAGUUAGCUUAUUUUGCCAUCGAAAGUCGAGCUUUGCUUGACUAUAAUUCAUCUUAUUAUCUAGAGGACUCUGACCCAAAUCAACCCUCCUGGUUUGAUGGGUCCGAUAAUUGGGAUGUCUCCGGAUAAGAAAGCAGAAUUUACAGGCUCUCAGGGCAUGUGUGGAGCAGGGACUCUUCCAGAAGCAGAAAGUGCCUCCAGCCCUCUGGCCACUAGUCUGGACCGGAUUGGCCCUGCUGUGAUGGUGGGUGUGUCUGGGAUGGAGCCUGAGGAUGAUGAGUUGACCAAUCUGAACUGGCUCCAUGAGAAUCUGCUGCAGAACUUCACCUUGGGAGGGCCGGAAGCUCCACCGUGCAAUGCGCCACUGUUCGACAUCGAGGGCAGUGCCGGCUUGCCCCAGGACCACGGCCUGUCCUCGUCCUCUUCUGUUUCAUCUGGUAGUCCAGGCGGUGAGCGCGAUCCCCUCAAAUCGAAACCCCCGUUCUCCUUCUCGCUCCUGAUCUACAUGGCCAUCGAGCAGUCUCCCAGCAAAUCGCUCCCUGUGAAGGACAUCUACGGCUGGAUCCUGGAGCACUUCCCUUACUUCUCCAGUGCCCCCACUGGCUGGAAGAACUCAGUGCGCCACAACCUGUCCCUCAACAAGUGCUUCCGCAAGGUGGAACGAAGCCUGGGCAAGACCAAUGGGAAAGGCUCUCUGUGGUGCGUUCAUCCUGAGUUCCGGCCCACUUUGAUGCAAGCUCUGAAGAAACAGCACUUCCCUAACGCACAUGCCUUCUGCACCCCACCUGCCUCCCCCCCCAGUGCCUCGUCUCCUCCUCACCUGUUUUCGUUGGAGCAGGGCUACUCUCUGAAAGAAUCUGAUUUUGAUGCUGCCACUGCUAUGAUGCUGUUAAAGUCUGCCUCUGAGCAUCACAUUGCCUCAUAUGAUCAAGAAGGGCCCAUUGACCUGUCCCGAAGGGUCCUCGUGAGUCGCGAUCCAAAACAGGACCACAACUACAGCAGCGCGCCCAUGUGCUCCCCGCCACGCCAGACAUCCCCCUGCCAGGCAGCGGCCUCCGGCCCGGGUUCCCGACUGCAGCAGGAGAGAGGCGGCUGGCCCCCCAGCGCCCACGGCCCCCCACGCAGCUCCUUGCCAGGGAAGAGGGCCAGGCGAGAGUCCCGGCCCGAGUUGGACGAGGAGCUGAAGGAGGCGGCCGGCUCGCUCCUGCACCUGGCUGGCAUCUGCACAAGCCUGGGCACUUUGAGGGGCAAGAGCAGGAAGCUGAGCAGGAAAUGAUGGCCAGUGGCUCGGCUGCUCCGCCCGACGGGACUCCUUCCUGGGGCCUCCAGGCCUCUCUCCUCUGGUUCCCCUCUUGUUGGCAUUAGUUUAUUUUAUUUAUUUUUUUUCAUCUUUUUCAAACCUGGAUCAAAUUCACUGUCAUCUCAUUAAACAGGCAAUACUAACACAUACACAGGAGAGAAAAGCCAUACUGACACUUUUUUGUUGUGCAGUCAAGAGUAAAGGAAGAAGAUGCACAUUGAACCGCCACCAUAAGUUCUGUUCAUGAAUGAAAGGGUGUGAGGAGAACAGUAGAACUUGGAGGGGAAAAAAACCCAGAGGAUAUUUGCAUGCUUCCACAUCUAAAAACCACACAAACCUAUUUAUACUGAGAAUGAAUGCAUGGAUUUCACAAGGUCCCAAGUGGCCAUCAUCAUAGAGGGGGGAAAAAACUAAACAAGAGAAAAAUAGAAAUAUGGAAGUGCCAUUGAUUUUGGAUCAUAAGACUUUGGUUAAGAAAUAUGAUACAAAGAUAAAUGCAAUAAUUAGUUGACCUGAAUACUUCUUUUAUUUUUGUACUGCUGUUUUUGUAUUUUGUGUGGUGAAGAUAGCAUGUCCCUUGGAGCCCUGUGCUAUCACAGAUAUGAUGUCAAAACCAUGUGACUUUUCUGUCCAUCCUGAUUGGAUCUGUGCCCUUACCCAGCCUCCCAGUGCAGUACAUAUAUAUGUGUCAUGCAGAGGAGAUGAGCAGUUCGAAGGUGACACUGUAGCUCUUGGCAUGCACACUCACAUCAGUAUUUGUCCCGUUUAUCCAUGUAGCCGGUGUAGUCUUGUGCCAUCACGUUCACUGCCUUAACCCCCCAUUCACGCUUACGGCGCUUUCGCAUUUAGGCAAGCAUAGGAAACGACACACUGAACGACACGGCGAGGCAUGUUCAGCCGAGAACCCCAUUCCCUCUUCACUGACCCGAUCGGCGUCUCCCUGCCCUUCCUGUAAUCAGCAACGCCGUUCCCCACAUAUGGGGUCUCGGACUGGCUCGUGUCUGCUGCGAAAGCGAAUAGCAAUCGCCGAAGAUGGACUUUAAGAAACGGUGCUUCUCUGGGUGGAGAGUGGUAGAAGCAGAAAGGCUCGUCCGUUCCGGCUGAGAGGGGGCGCUCCAACAGGCAGGCCUUCUCCGCAGAUAUCCCCACACCCGGGAGGAAACUGGACAUAAUGCAGCCUCUGGAAGAAGGGUGGCCACGGGCCAGGUGGAAGAGGAAAAAACAGCCCUGUUCCGGCAGCUCUUUUUGGGGUGGCGUCAUGGGAACGGACCUGCAGGAUGUCAGGCGGGAGAAAGGCGAAGUUCUAACGUGGGUGGACAGUGUUGGCGCGGCUGCAGCGUUCUGCUCUCAACGCACCACUGCUGGGAGUGGAUCUGACCUGUGCGCAUCGUCUCCAUAAAGAACUUGUUGGACUUUCUGUCCAAAUUCAUGUUUAGGUUUGUGGUUUCUCUGAAAUCCUCAAGGAUAUUAUUGACAGCAGCUACUGCAGCUAUCUCUGUGACUUCGACCUCUUUUAAAAUGGUUUUUUUUUUUGGGGGGGGGGGGGGAUUUUUCAGUGUUUGAUUUUUUUUCAUCUCAGCUUUUAUCUGCCUGAAUGAUUGAAAUACCAUUGCCGUUUAUCUCUGGUUCUGGCCAUAUUUAUCCCUGCUCAGGACUCAAUACACCUCGCAGGCCAGAACGAGGCCUGGCGCCUACUGAGCAGUUGGAUCAGCAGCACUGCUGAAAUCUGCCGUAUGAAUGUUCAUUCUGUGCUUUCUGGUUGAGCUCAGCUAGGCCUGGGAUAGCUGUGGAACGUUUUAUCUGUUCCUGACCGGGUCUUUGAAACCCCUAUUUAAUUUUAUUUCUUUGAAUGCCUGCUAUUAUGAAGUUGUGGCCCAAUCACUUUCACCAAGGCUGCCAAUUUCCCUUGAUCUGUACAUAGUGAUGACACAAAAUGCAAGUAUUACUGGAGAAGAUGUAGAGGAGAGGGACAGUGCUGUAGUAUUAGAUUUGAAGACUGAAGGCAGGCACUUGCUUCUCCCAGACCAAGAAUAUUUUGUUAAUGAAACAGCUUUUGGUAACAUUUCUGUGAUACAGGAUAGUGAUCAUUUUUAUUAUUAUUAUUAUUAUUAUUAUUAUUAUUAUUAUUAUUAUUAUUAUUAUCAUCAUCUACUAAUUCAGAGUUGCCAAUCCAAUCAGUUUGCUCGCAUUUGUCUGCCAUGUCUGUCUGACAGACUGAACCAUUUGGUUUUGUAAGCUAACCUCUGUUAAUAAAAUGUUUAUAAAGUUUAUUUUUGCCAAAGAUAUGCAAUUGUUGCAUUAAAUAUGGUAUUACAAAAUAAUAAAAAAAAUUGUUUCUUUUA